UCAGUCUAAUCUGUCACUGUCAUCUAUAAACAAACAUGAGAGAUAAAUGAAAACGAAUCCAGUGUUUUUUGUGCCGUAGAAAUUUGAAAUAUUUGUUUGUAAAUGGAGUUGUGAAUGUAUUAUAUUUAAUAAAAUGGAUUUCAUUGGUACUUUAAAUGUUAAUUAUGAAAAGUUAAAAAGCAAAGAACUGGUAAACACUCUAUGGAUAGAAAUGCUCCAUGAAAAAAGGUCAGCAGAAUAUUUGGAGGAAUUGGUAGAGUAUAGCUUUCAUUAUCCAGUAGAUUCAGACAGUUAUUUAGUAGAAUUAAAUGAAAAAUUCAAUGCACUGGACAAGGAACAAUUACGCCUAAUUGAUGGACAUCUUAAGGCCUACAUGAUUACAUUCCUGUAUUAUUGUACAAACAGGUUUAGUCGUACUGUCCCUGUUACAACUACAAUACUUGCUUCAAAGUUGUAUAUAAAAUUAAUUUCUACUCCAAAUAUUGGUAAAUUCUUUUUUGAAGCCAAUAUGUUUAAGAUACAAAUGUUUACCAUUGCCAGUUUAGCUAAAGAAACUCACAUAACAGAACAACAGAAAAUAGACUUAUUAAAAUUGAUUAAAAAGUAUUGCCUCAGUGAAAAAUUAGAAACCAGUUUAUUAAGAGUUGUUGUAAAUACCUAUAUUGUUGUUAUGUUAUCUGUAUCCAAAGAAAUUAUAGAUGACAUUAAUAGUGUUACUCAACUGCAGUCUUGUUGUAUUUUUGCUGUUAAAGAUAUUAUAUUAAAUGAAACAGAGGGCAACAGAAUUCGAGUGAUUGUAGAUGGGUUAUUUAAAUGCUUAGGAAAAACUAGUAUUCUUCAUCAUAUGGAACAUAAAAUGGCUGGUCGAAGUACUCUAAAGGUUUUUAUUAGAGAUGUUUUACAGGAAAAUAUUGAUGAAGACCAAUUUCAGUAUAUUUUAGAUGCUUUUUGUACAGUUUGGGGAAGAGAACAAUUUAAUGGAUAUCAAGAAGCAGUGAUAAUUAUGAAUGUACUUAAACUUCCUUAUUACAAAGAGUUGGUAAGGAAAAUGGUUUUAUACACCCAAUCAAAAAAUCAUAAACAAUUUCUGUUAAAUAUUAUGCACUUGCUUGUUGCAAUAGCUGAAGAAUUGCCAACAUUUCCUGUAAAUAAAAUCCAGGUUUUAUACUCUUGUGCUAUGCGAAACGUCCUUUACCAUUUUAUGGACUCUGAUGAGAUAAUUAAAAAUGCGGCCAUUGAAACAAUGGCAAAAUUGUGCAUGAUCAAGAAUAAUACAUUGCUCAAUGCCAUAUUCACUCAAAUUGGUAAUACUGCGAAAUUCAUAAACAUAAACUUGGUGUCUAUGCUUAUAUGUGUAAAUAAGAUUGUUGAUGAAAAAUGGGGAAUAUCACCUAAAAAUCAAAGGCUACUAGUUAUUGUAGCAAAGUUUUUGACCAACAGCAGUAAAAUUGAUAGUGAAAUUGUAGAAAAGACUUUGCAAGCUAUCUGUAGAGAUUGCACCCCAUUUUCUUUGAAACCAUCAUUGGGUAUACUUCACCAACUAUACUGUGCUUUAGCCUUGAAACAGGAAGAUGAAUCAGCUGCAGCAAUUUUGAAAAUAUUCUUUAAAUGUGCUAUGCAUCAAGAUGCUACUUCUAUGGAAUUUGCAGAGCACCUCUUCCGUUCUAUGUUAAAACCAUCUGUAAUUGACAGUAUUACUUAUGAUCCGAAGUAUUACUAUAAUCUUUUCUUGACAUCGGAAUUUGAAUAUGAGGUUCUAUUCACAAAAUGUCAAAAACAUAUAAAGUCUGAACAAGUUGAUAAAGUUAUUGGAGAAUUAAAUUAUGAUUUACCAGGAGGAGCAGUUCUACUCUGUUGUUUACUUAAUUUUUUGGACUAUAGUGAACUGACCUGUGUUAUCGAGUAUUUCAUUAACCAUUUCAAUGAAAUUGCCACUAAAGCUAUAAUGGGCCCUUUAAGUGUGGCUGUUAGAAAAAUAAUUCUAAAUAAAACAAUAAGUCAAAGACAUGUCCCUCAAUUGGAUUGUCUUCAUGGUCUUUUGCUAGAAGCACUUUUUCAACAAGCUUACCAAGUACCUUGUAUCAAACCUGCCUAUGAUCUUCUACAGGAAAUCAGAAAUGUUCUUAGAAUAGAAUUACAUGAUGCAAUUCUAGAUCAACUAUUGACUGUUACCUCAGAGAGAGCUUUUAGAAGAUUGCACAGAAGAGAGAUUGGCGAUCAUAGUGUUAUUUUGUACUUGAAUGAAUUGUGUCUGUUGAUGAAGAAAAUGCCGUCUGAACAUGUAACGGUCUUGUUGGAACAAUAUAUGGAUAAUCCGGAUAGAGUUAGAGAGAUGAGAACAAAUAUGCCAGACGUUUAUAUCCAAAUGCUUACUUUAUUCACUACAAUGGCGAUGAUGACAAAGAGGAAAGUACCAACAGUACUUAGAUACUUAGAAGACAUUUUGUACCACGAAUCCCAAAUUAUAAAAAUCACAGCAUUUAAAUUGUAUUAUUCUAUAUGCAAAGAGAUGACUCAUGAAUUUGAAGAAGUAAUUAAAUUUGUAUUUAAAGAAAUAGUUGUAGCUGACCCUUGUUUGAUUAGACUCUGUGUAUCAUCAAUAGAAGAACUAGUUUUCGACGACUAUAUAAAAUUGGAUGCUGAACAUUUUUACAAAUUCGUUCACAUUUUGGGAUCUGAUGAAUUGAACAUUUUUAUGAGAGAAGUUUUGAUGAAACGGUUCCUACUAUCAAAUCAGAACGACAUUACCAAGUUUUAUGUACAAUCAAUAAUGUACAUUCACAUUUACAGCAAGUUAUCUGAGUAUCCUAUAUCGGAACAGUUUGACGAGGAACUUGUUAAAAUGAAAAUGAGGCUUAACAGUCCAAAAGAAGUUCUUAUAUUUUUGUUCAAUAGUUUGCCAAUUAAGAAGAAAUUUAAUAUCUUACAUGAAAUUUCUACUAUAUUUGAUGAAGUAACCAGAGGUUCAUGUAAAUUUGAAAACAGCUUCUUCCCCGUAUUAAGAGACUUGCUACUUACGUACAGAUUUAUGGUAACGCCUAGUGUAGAAUCAAAAGUCGACAGGCAUUUUUAUGACAAUACGUGCAAAGAAAUCCAACAGAAAAUUGUCAAACAUGAUACUAAAUACCAGCCGCAAAUUUAUUAUGCUGAAUUCGAUGAUGAAAUUAGAAAAUGUACCAUAUCAUUGCUCAAACUUUUGUUCAUGGAAAAUAGGCAAAUUUCGGAUAAUAUACAAAUAACUCUGUUUGACGCUCUAAUACACUGGAUUGAUUUUGUCAAGGAUGAGAUCAUCAGUUAUGUUCAUGUCGAAAGAGGUAAAGAGUAUGGUAAUUAUUUUACCAAAUUAAUCCAUUAUUACAACAGGAACAAAGGACGAUUUGUUACACCGGAUAGGUAGCUAAUCCUGGGUGUUUGUGUCAACUUUAGCAUGCUCUCUUUGAGAUAUAUCUACCUCUUUUUUAUUCAGUUUUAGAUUGUCAUCUUAUGACGAAGACUGUGAUGAGUAAUAUUAGGAAAUGAAAGGAGGUUAAACAUUAAGAAAUAUUUUAGUAUAAUAAGCUACAAUUAGAGUAUUUUUAUUUUGCACAACUCUCAUCAUGAUUCCUUUUUGUUCGUUUUUUUUUAAAUUUUAUUUUCAUGAUUUCUAUGAUUUUAAUGAUUGUUACAAAAUCAAAAUUAUGCAAUUUCUUUUAGCCCAAAAUUAUCUCAAAUGUCCCAUAGUAUUAAAAGGUCAAAUAUUCUUUCAUAUAGAUUUUCAAUUUUAUAAUGGGACACAUUUUAUUUGAUUAUUAUAAAAUUAUACACCUAGCAUUAAAACUAACCACCAAAUUAUAGUGGCUUAGAUUUUUGGGAUGGGGGAUAUGACAUUCAUGUAUACAUAAAUGUACAUACAUGAAAAGGCUUUUAUUACGCCACUGCGUUACAGAAUACAAUUUUAGAAUUUAUUUAUAAUUAAGAACUGGUUGCGGUUACAGAUUUCCUAUUAUUAACAGACUUCAAAAAAAAAAAAAAAAAAAAAAA